AUGUCUGUCUCCCCACAGGGAGACAUUGGCCCUCGCGGCCCCAUUGGAGGCAGUGGCUCUCCUGGACUGCCAGGAACAAAAGGACUUGAAGGAGAGGCGGGCCCCAAAGGAGUAACAGGUCCCCAGGGUCCCCCGGGGAAACCUGGCUCUCCCGGUGGAAUGAUAAUUCAGCGUACAGGAACCCCUCAGCACAGAAGAGGAUCCCAAAAUGUGAUGACGAAGAGGCUUCGACAGAGACAGGAGGUGCAGAGAGACCAGGAGGAAGAGGAGCGGCAUGAGGAGGAGAAAGAGGAGUUCAGUUGGCCUCUAGGCACCCAGGAGAACCCAGCCACCACCUGCAGAGAACUGGGCCUCAUACACCCACACCUACAAGACGGGUAUUUCUACAUGGACCCCAAUCAGGGCUGCCACUUCGACGCCCUGCAGGUCUUCUGCAACUUCACCGCAGGAGGACUAACAUGUCUGCAACCUAACCAAUCUCAGAUCUCAAUGGUGUGGUCAUCAGAUGCUCGUAAGUCCAACAGCUCCAUCCGGUGGUUCAGCCAGCUCCCAAACAGCUCCAGGUUCAUGUACCCGGGUCUGGACGUGGUGCAGCUCCGUUUUCUACGGUUACAGAGUAACUCGGCAACACAGGAAGUGACUAUACAGUGCAACAGUGCCAAGGAAAACAGCACAGCCAAUCACAGGGCGAGGAUGCAACGGGUGCUUCAUCUCCUAGGAGACUCGCAGAUAAAGAUUGGAGCACCACACACUACAGUGUCCAGACAUGGCUGUCAGGUGGCAGUGCAGGUGAGGGUGCAGGGCAACAGUGAGCUGGACAGGGGCGAUAUGGUGCUGCUGCCCCUGAGGGACCUGGGCCUGGAGUACAAGGGGCAACACAGGGAGAACAACAUCUCACUGGGCCUGGAGCACAGGGAAGAGCACCAGGAGAGACACGUCACCGCCCUGCUGUUGGGCCCUCUCUGCUUCUUAUAGCACCCACACUCCUCCACCACACUCUGCUCCUUAGAACAGGGGUGUCAAACUCAAAUUGACUGAGGGCCAAAAUCAAAAUCUGGA